AUGAGUGAACAGGAAAGACGUCGAAGGUGGAUCGCAGCAUGCCGGCUGGAAAGCCUAAAUGUCACAAAGCACACUCGUAUAUGUGCUAAACAUUUUGAAGGAGGGUUAGGGCCAACAAAUGCAAACCCUGUUCCUACGAUAUUCGAUUUUCCUGAAAAUCUCCAGCGAAAAGAAGUGAAACCACACCAGGAUCCGGAGGGGAGACGAUUGAAAAAUGCUGCCACAACAAGCAAAAUUCAGAAGGCAAGCAAACGUGGCAACUCGAAGGUUAGAAAAUGUCCGGAUUUGGUGGAACAGCAAGAAGUUCAUUUGGAAAACAAUGAAAGUUGUACAGGUGAGGAAACCGUAAAUCAGGAUUUAUUGCUUGUGACACGGGAGUUAAAUCUAAGUGAAAGUUUGAUCGGUGACCAGCAAAAUUGUUCGAAAAAUCUCAGCCAGUAGAACUCAACGUGAGUCGUGACAAGAUCAAAGACAAUUAUUGCACGAUAAAGCGGUCCAGACAGAUUUAUCGGCUGAUCAAAUCACCAGAAUGGAACAGGCGCACUUUAAAUUACAAAAUCGCCGCGGUGUAGUAAAAGAGAAUUGUUUAUGGAGGAUGUGCAACGAGACGAUUCCUCGGUCCAGUUUGAUACUGGCUCACCUUCACUUUCGUGUCUUCUCAUGCUAUUCUAUUGGAAGUUCAAUGAAAUAUUGGGACCGAAAGAACAAGACACGAGCUGCAACGUACCAGGUAAAACUGUAGUAAUUAAUGUAGUCUUCAUUGCUCACAAAAUGUUUCACCAAAAAUCCAGUUACGUUUUUCUAUUUCCUCACCACAAGUAAAAACCAUCUUAUUUGCCCUUGAAGUACAUAGGUAAGUAAAGUGAGAGUCAGCAUCUCAUUUGUACGUUUUGAGAGGAAAAUAAAAUUUCCCUGUUUACGCUACUAAAUUGCCUGUUCUCAAGGUUCUGUAUAUGUAUGCAUGCCCGGGGAAGGCGCUUUGCAUUUCAAGUGACAGGGAAGAUCGAAUGAGCGAAAAAAUUGAAACCCCGAAAAAUCCCUGGACCUAAAAUUAACCAGAAAAAAUUCUCAUGCCUUUUUUUAAUUUUUUAGUCUUAAAAUUUCCCAGAAAGCAUCAAAUGAUAGAACAUGAAACACAAAAACAUUAGAAAUGAAUGCUUAUGUUUAUUUAUCAAGGAAACCUAAAAAGCAAUAGCUACUUAAAUCAAGCCACUCAAAAAAAUACUUAAUGUUUCUACCAAAAAAAUUCCUUCCAUCAUCUUGGUCACCUGAGAUCCGGAGUACCCCCUGGGAUAGCAUGAACAACAACAAAAAAAAUAAUUGCAAAUACUAAUCCAUAAAGUUCUGACUUCCCUCUUUUUAUUACAGUAGAACCUCGGUAACUCGAAUUCUGAAAAGAAACAAAACAUUUUGAUUCAGCGGGGAAUUUGAGUUAUCUGAGUUCAAGUUAUCAAAGUUCUUCUGUAUUUCUUCAGGAAAACUGUGACAAAGGAAAACCUGGCCAGAAGAGGCAGUUACCCCUAUUUGAUGAAUUUGUUAUGGUGCUUGUUUGCCUUCGUUUGAGCUUACUAAAGAAACAAAUAGCAGACCGUUGUUCUCUAUCUCCCAGUCUUCUGUGUCAAAGAUCUUCACCACGUGGAUUACUAUUUUGUACCAUGUAUUCAGAAAGAAGUUCUCAUUACGUGGCCAUCUAA